AUGAUGUAAAAAAGAUUUUUAGAGAUGAUUGUGCUUAAAUCAUGCUAAUGAAGGAACUAAAACCUCUUACAUUGCGAAUUAUACAAUAAUGUAUAUUAGAUAUAUAUAACUUAGUAGCAAAUAGUUGGUAAACUACUAUUUGCAUUAAUUUUAAAAAGUAUUCCAACAAAGUAUUAUAGCACACAAAGUUAAUUCCAACAUAUAAAUUUGCUGCUUUUAAAACAGAAACAAUGAAAAUUGAUAAGAAAGCUGGAAUCUUCUUUACUCUUCAUUUUUACCCACGUAUCUUGUAACUUCCACUAUUUCAACACAUGUACUCCACGUGUCACUCUCUUAGAAACCUCUCAACAGUGAAAAAGCUGAAAAUUCCCCUCUUCAUAUACUACUCCACCGUACAUUUUUCAAAGCACACUCCAAAAAAGAGAGGGAAAAAACGAGAAAAAAAAAUAAAAUUCGAAAAUGGCGCCGAAGAAGCGUGGAGGAAGGGCCCGUGCCACGGUGGUCACCGCCCGGAAAGUGGUGGAAGAAACCGUCUCCGUCGUCGUCUCCGGCGAAACGGAGACAGAAAGUCAAACUUUGACUGAAGAAAAUCAAUCAUUCGAAAUACUAACUCCACUUCCUUAUGAAGAACCUACGCCUAAAAGAACCAUUAAUGUUCAAGACAAAUCCGAAGGAAAAAAGGCCCAACAAAGAAAACCCGACCCGGCCCAACAAGUAGAUGAAGUCGAAACGCAACCAGCUGAUGAGCCAGAAGAGAUGCCAUCACCUCCGAAAAAGGAAGCGGUUCGAAAGAAGGCCCAGAAGAGGAAACCCGACCCGGCCCAACGAGUAGAUGAAGAUGAAACUCAACCAGCUGAGGAACCAGAAGAGAUGCCUACGCCUCCGAAAAUGGAAGCGGAUCAAAAGAAGGCCCAGAAAGCAAAAGGAGGAGGAGGAGAGAGGAAAAAGAAGAGGGCGAAAGUGGGUGGGGGAGUGGGACCCAGUGAAGGGUAUAGAAGGUAUGUGUUUAGAGUGAUGAAGCAAGUUCAUCCAGAUAUGGGAAUUUCAUCAAAGGCUAUGAUGAUAUUGAAUAAUUUGAUGGGUGAUAUGUUCGAGAGGAUCGCCAAUGAAGCGGCGAUCCUCACGAAGUACGCGGGACGUGCCACGUUGGCGUCGGUGGAUAUUCAGGAUGCGGUGAAAUUGGUGCUGCCUGGGGAGCUAGGGAAGCAUGCAAUUGCAGAAGGGACCAAAGCUGUUGCUAACUAUGUGACUAGUGUUGAAAAGUCGAAGUCGAAGCCCUAAUUGUUAGUUAGGUAGCUCUUGUGAAUAUUUAGGUUUCAUUUUGGUUUACACUAUCCUUUCCUAGCUAGGUGCUUGAUUUGGGAAAAUCACUGCAUGCAAAUAUCGGGCUCUUUUUUGUAGUAGUUUCAGCAGUUCUUCCGCUUCCACGACAAAUGAGCCUUUUUUUUUU